AAAAUGGCUCUAAUUAUGACUAUGAAUUGGUCGAAUAUAAAUCAACGUUGUUUUCGAUUGGUUAAAAAUUGGUUAAUCACUCGAACAAAACAUAUAAAAGGUCAUGCUAUUCAAGAAUACAUAUCAGAAGUCUUUCGCAGCGUUUCGAAUCUCAACGUAUAUUUUUCAACCACCUGUUGCACAUCAAAACUUCAUAUGCCUGGAUUAAUUUAUAAAAAUGUCUGGGAAACAGACCCAGAGCUUUUUGAAUUAAUGAAAAAAGAAAAAAAAAGGCAAGAAUCUGGUCUUGAAAUGAUUGCUAGUGAAAAUUUUACAUCUCUUAGCGUUCUUCAAUGUUUAAGUUCUUGCCUUCAUAAUAAAUAUAGUGAAGGUCUUCCUGGUCAAAGAUAUUAUGGAGGAAAUGAAUAUAUUGAUGAAAUUGAAUUAUUAGCACAAAAACGUGCUUUAGAUGCAUUUAAUUUAAAUCCUGAAGAAUGGGGUUGUAAUGUUCAACCAUAUUCAGGAAGUCCAGCUAAUUUUGCUGUUUAUACAGGUGUAGUUGAGCCUCAUGGUCGUAUAAUGGGUUUAGAUCUUCCAGAUGGAGGACAUCUUACACAUGGUUUUUUUACUGCAAAUAAAAAAGUUUCUGCAACAUCAUUAUUUUUUGAAUCAAAACCAUACAAAGUUAAUAUUAAUACUGGUUUAAUUGAUUAUGAUAAAUUAGCUGAAGAAGCAAGAUUAUUUAAACCUAAAAUUAUAAUAGCAGGAGUAUCUUGUUAUAGUAGAUGUUUAGAUUACAAACGAUUUAAAGAAAUAGCAGAAGAAAAUAAUGCUUAUCUAUUUAGUGAUAUGGCUCAUGUAGCAGGGUUAGUUGCUGCUGAAUUAAUUCCUAGCCCAUUUAAAUAUAGUGAUAUUGUAUCUACUACAACACAUAAAACUUUAAGAGGACCUCGAGCAGGUGUUAUCUUCUUUCGCAAAGGAAUUAGAAAAAUUGGAAAAGAUGGUCAAAAAAUUAUGUAUGAUUUAGAAGAUAAAAUUAAUCAAGCUGUAUUUCCAGGACUACAAGGUGGACCUCACAAUCAUGCAAUUGCAGGCAUAGCUACAACAAUGAAACAAAUCAAAUCACCAGAAUUUCUUCAAUAUCAGAAACAAGUUAUAGCUAAUGCAAAAAGACUAUGUACAAAAUUACAAGAGUAUGGUUAUAAAAUUAAUACAGAUGGAACUGAUGUUCAUAUGUUGCUUGUAGAUUUACGAUCUACAGGUAUUACUGGAGCUAAAGCAGAAAAAAUUUUGGAAAAUAUUUCUAUUGCUUGCAAUAAAAAUACAGUACCUGGUGAUAAAAGUGCAUUGAAUUGUAGUGGUAUCAGACUUGGUACACCUGCAUUAACUACUCGUGGUUUAGUUGAAAAAGAUAUUGAUAAAGUUGUAAACUUUAUACACAAAGGAUUAUUACUUUCUAAAGAGGUAUCUAAUAUUUCUGGUCCUAAACUUGUUGACUAUAAAAGAGUAUUAAAUACUGAUGCUAAUAUAAAAGCAAAAGUUGCAGCUUUAAGAGAAGAAGUUGAAACAUUUUCUAAGCAAUUUCCUAUUCCUGGUUUUGAAACAUAUUAAUAAUAUUAUUUCAUUUAAUAUUGUAUAGAUUUAAUUAAUUUUUUAUAUUGCAUUUAUUUUUUAUUAAUUUUGUAAAAAAAAUGAACAAAGAUCAUCUUUGUUUUAUGAACACUUUUUACUCAUAAGGUAUACAAACGUAUGUAUGUAGGAAUUUUGUGUGAAAUAUGUAGUUAUAUACAUAUAUAAUAUUUUUACAGAUGUAAAUUAUUUAAAAAAUGCUUAUUAUGAAUAUAUUAAGAAAUUAAAUACAAGAAAAUGUUUAAUUACAAUUAAAAAAUAUUAGAUUAUAUGAAUUACAAUAUUGCAUUACUUAUAUAGUAUAAUAAAUUUCUUUUUUUUUUUUACGAUUUUUAUGAUUUUUAAAAACUUUGUACAUUUGUUAUUGUAACUAAAUAUAUUUUUUGUAUAUGUAAAUUAAAUUUUGUAAAA